AAAAAAUUUUCAUCGAACAGUGCUAGUUUUACAAAAUAUACUUUUAUUUAAAGAAAUAUUAAUUACUUGUAUAAAAUCAAUUUAAAUUAAAUAAAACAUAAAUAUUUAGUAAUAAAAACAAAUUAACAAAAUAUUCCUCUCGAUACGCACAACAUACGAAAACAAAGAAGUGAUAUGACGAUUGCCUGAUUUUUAUUUUUCACAUUAUAGUUCUUUAAAAGGAAACUUAUUUUAAUUAUUUCUUUCCUUAAUUUAAAAUAGAAUUAACAAAAUGUUAUUGAGAAAUAUAAAUUCAAUAUUAUUUAAAGUUUUGUGCUGUUUCUUUGUGCUUUAUCCAAAUGGUGCCAAUCUAGUGCCUGGUGAAAAAAUCAGUUAUAACUUAGUACAUUCGUGGGCUGAUAAACUGGGCAUGGAACUGUUUCAUCUAGGCGAUUUUAUAACACGCCGUAAAGAAGUACAAGAGAGUUUUAAACAAGCCCAAGUUGUUUCAAGAGCGGGAGCUAAAAUCGUCGAAAAUAUGGCUAAUGAAAUCAAAACAAUGAUGGAUUCCAAAAUAAGUGCUGUGCGCCGAAUAAUGGAUACUGCCGAAAAUACCGCCUUAACAUAUCAAAGUGAAAAACCCGAUAAAUAUUUUUCAUAUUAUAAUUCAAAAGAAAUGAUCGAACCCCACGAACCAAUACCAACAGAGCCACCUAGAGAUUUAGAAGAUGCGGGGGGACCAAAGAUUUUCGUUCAACCAAAAGAGAUUGUUCUAACACCCAAAGCUGAAUUUUUUAAUACACCCGUCAAUAUGAGUGUUAGCUCAGUGCAUGUGCCGACGAAUGUUUACGAUAGAGCAUCGGAUACGAUUAAAGCCAUUGAAUGGUCAGAGAAUUUGGAUCAAAUAUUUCGUGACAAUUAUAAAAAAGAUCCAACACUGUCGUGGCAAUUUUUUGGUAGUUCGACCGGCUUUAUGCGUCAAUUCCCGGCAUCGAAAUGGAAAGCGGAUCCGGUUGAUCUAUACGAUUGCCGGUUACGUUCAUGGUUUAUGGAAGCGGCGACAAGUCCAAAGGAUGUCAUUAUCCUAUUGGAUGGAUCAGGCUCUAUGACUGGGCAGAGGCUAGAUAUCGCAAAGCAUGUUGUAAAUACAAUACUCGAUACAUUAGGUACAAAUGACUUUGUGAACAUCUUCACCUUUAGCGAUAAAGUUAAGCCUGUUGUUGGAUGUUUUGAGGAUACUCUUGUUCAAGCAAAUCUUGGUAACAUUCGAGAGCUUAAAGAGGGAAUUGAGUUAGUUAAAACCGUGUCGAUCGCCAAUUUCUCCGCUGCAUUGACAAAAGCCUUUGAGGUUUUGGAACAAUUUAAAACGGAACAACAUGGUGCCCAGUGCAAUCAGGCAAUUAUGAUUGUUAGUGAUGGUGCACCAUUUAGUUAUGAAGAGAUCUUCGAAACGUACAAUUGGCAAAAUUUACCCUAUAAACCGGUUCGUGUAUUUACUUAUUUAAUUGGCAAAGAGGUGGCGGAUGUUAAGGAUAUUAAAUGGAUGGCAUGUGCCAAUCAGGGCUUCUAUGUUCAUCUGAGCGAUACGGCGGAAGUGCGUGAAAUGGUUUUGAAUUAUAUACCAGUAAUGGCUAGACCAUUAGUAUUGGGUAGACACGAUCAUCCAGUGGUAUGGACACAAGUAUAUGCUGAUGUUGUGGAUAUGGAAAUGUCUGAUUAUUUAUGGCAAUUAGAACAAAAUGCUGAUCAAAAGGAAAAUAUUUUAGAAUAUCGUAAAGUAAGUUUUCGUAUGUUAGAUCCAGAUGAAGUGAGACGCCGAGAGUACAGACGUAUGAAGAAGGCCUGGGAUCAACCUACCGAAUCGGAUGAUUAUCAUUUUAUGACCACUAUAUCAAUGCCUGUUUACGAUCGACGCGAAAAUGCGAAUAUCACCGAACUGGUAUUAAUUAAUGAAGCUCUUUGGGAAUUGCAAACACGUGAGACAAAAAUUGCCAAUUUGUUGGGUGUUGCUGGAACUGAUGUACCCAUUAGAGAUAUAAAAAAAUUAUUAUCACCAUUUUUGUUGGGUGUUAAUGGAUAUGCUUUCAUAGUUACCAAUAAUGGUUAUAUAUUAUUUCAUCCCGAUUUUCGUCCAAUUUUUCAACGUUACAUCUUAAAGCCUGCUUAUAACAGUGUUGAUAUGAUUGAAGUUGAAUUAUUGGAUGAUGAUCGACCACCUAGAGAUUUUAAUCCAGUGCUAUUAACGAUACGUGAUUCGAUUAUCAAUCAAUCAACGGGUAGCAAAUGGAUGUUGGUUAAAAAUCAUUUCGAUGAAAUGAAACGUGUGGCUCGGGUUAAGCGCCAAUACUAUUGGACUGCUAUACAAAAUACACCAUUCACUUUGGUUAUUACAUAUCCCGAGCUAUACGGUGUAUAUCGCCUUCAGAUACGUACCGAAGAUGAAAUACAUCGUAUGAAUAUAAAAGGCAGUAACACUCUCAGCUACUUUACUGGCAAACGCUGGAAAAUCCAUCCUAAAUGGCUAUUUUGCAAACACAGCAAUAUGACAUUUGAAACCCCCGAAGAGGAACUAUUAUGGUUUUUGGGUAAAAUGUCACAGCCUGGAUGGAAAUGGCCGUCCAGUAGAAGUGCGCUGCCUCCAGAACAUACGGCUGCCAUGCUGUCUAACUCAUCUGCUGGGCGCAUUCCAUCAUUCGACAAAGAUAAUUACUAUUGUGAUCGUCAAUUAAUGCAGUCAUUGGUAUUUGAUGCCAGAGUUACUGAAUGGUUUUCCAAGAAUACCAGCUUUAAUUCCAAAGAUGAUAAGGGUAGUUCAAGUGCUUCAAAUCCAAUUUCAGUAUUAAUGGGUUUGUUGCCAAGAAAUGAAUUUAAACAACGUUUUGGCAUAACAGUGGCAUUUUUAGCCACUCACAGUGGUCUCACAAGAUGGCAAGAAUUUCAUUCGAAUAUGGCCGAAGAAUUGGGAGCAGGAGAAUCAUUUAGUGAACACAAUAAUAAGGCUAUUGAUGAAAUCUGGUAUAAACGUGCAGUCGAUCAACAUUUUGUUCGUGAGGAAAGUUUUGUUUAUUCCGUACCCUUUGAUGCUGGAGAAACUGCUGCCGAAACUAUUGUCACCGCCAGUCAUGCUGUCUUCCAUACCGAAGGAGGUAAAUCUGCUCCAGCUGCCGUAGUUGGAUUUCAAUUUCAACAUAGUGCUUUGCUAAAACUUUUCCGUAAUAUAACCGGAAAUGCCUGUGCUGUUGAUGAUAAAGAUUGCUAUGUCUUAGAUAAUAAUGGUUUUAUAAUAAUAUCACCAAGUCGUCAUGAGACUGGUAGAUUCUUUGGAGAAAUAAAUGGUGCCAUUAUGCAUCGUUUAGUUGAGGAAAAUGUUUAUAAACGUGUCACGGUAUAUGAUUAUCAGGCAGUUUGCUUUGUUCCGGACGGUGAUAAUAAUUCGUCCUCGAAUGUUUUGACGCCCUUAUUCCACUUACUUCGAGCAUUUAAAUGGCUAAUUACCACAAUUGUCUUAUACCUCGUCGAAGUAAGUACAGUGGCAGCAGAUUUUUUCGAACAUUAUGUAGAUGAAAAUAUGACCGAUUAUACGGUAAAUGUUAAAAAUAACGAAUGGGUACGUUUAGUAACAUUACAAAGAACAAGACUGAAACCAUGCGAUAUGCAACGUGAUCUAUAUACGCUCUAUAAUGAAAAGGAUAAUGUUGUCUAUAAUAUGACAGCGCAUGGUUGUGAGAGACCAUUUGUUGUUCUACCCAUACCAGCAAGCAAUUUAAUUUUAUUAGUUAUUGAUCAAAUGUGUCCACGUGAUGCAACUCAUAUACUAACCGUAAAUCCAAUGGAUAUUAAUUAUCCGCUAGAGGAGAAUCAAACAUUGGCAUGUUUUAAGCGGGAUCAUGAAUUUUCACGAGUACGUCCUAUUAGUUGUAUAAGCCGACAUGUUAAUGAAAGCAAUAUAGAAUUAUGCGGCAAUGCUUCAAGUAUAUUAAUUAAUACUUUCCUAUUUUUAAUAACCAUAAGUUUAAAUCGUUUACUCUAACAUUAUUUUCUUAUUUGUUAAAACAAUUUUGUUAUAUUCUAUUUAACUGUUUUAUUUCUGUUAAAUUUAUUAAAUUUGUAAAUUUUGUAUGUACUUAAUGAAAUAUAUUUAUU